AUGGCUUCCACCGGCCCCGCAUACAACUACACCGUCAAGAUGACCUGCUCGGGCUGCUCGGGCGCCAUUGAGCGUGUGCUCAAGAAGAACAUCGAGGCGCCCAACGGCUACACCGUCUCCCUCCCCACCCAGCGCGUGGUCGUGUACGGCCCCUCGCUCCCGCCCUUUGACACCAUCACCGAGAAGAUUGCCAAGACCGGCAAGGAGAUUCUGAGCAAGGAGGAGAUUGCCGCCGGUGCCGCGGUCCCUGCUAUCGAGGCUUAG